AUGGGAAACCCGAGACAGAAGAGAAAGCUUAAGUCUUCCCUGCCGAAGCAGAAGCCCAAGAGGACCGGGAUCCUCAAGAACGGCAACAAGAAAAUUAAUGUGCUGGGAAAUGCGAUCAUCGCCGAGAAUUGGGACCGGAACCUGACUCUUACACAAAACUACCGUCGUCUGGGUCUCACCCAUCGUUUGAAUGCCCCCACCGGAGGUUCUGAAAAGCGUUUCACGAAAAAUGGCGUCGAGACCGUCCCGGAGGACUCUCUUCACAUCAAGAGCAGCGCCCAAGCUGCUACGAAGAACAUUACGCUGGGAGAAACUAGGGUCGAGCGCGAUCCCGAGACCGGAAAGAUCAUCCGCGUUAUUCAACCCGAUGAGCACGAAAUGAUUGAAGUCGCUGGACGCAAGGUCCGCAAGUCAAACCCGCUGAAUGAUCCUUUGAACGACUCGACCGACGACGAGAUGGAGGAUGCUGGGUCGCACAGGAAGAGCUCCGCAAGUGCGAUUGUUCAACAGCUCGAGCGCCAAGCAGACAAGGAGAGCAGUGCUGUCAAGGCGAAGAAACCCCGACACAUGAGCGAGAGAGAAGUGGAGUGGGUUACAAGGCUGAUUGAACGCCACGGAGACAACAUCUCCGCCAUGGUCCGUGACCGGAAAUUGAACCCGAUGCAGCAGACCGAGGGUGAUAUAAAACGGAGGAUUCGCAAACUCAAGGAGAGCCAGCAAUGA